UGUAAUUGUUUAACAAGCUUUCUUGUUAAUGUUACAAUGUUUGAACUGAACUAAUAGUCAUGAUCCACAGACUCUGCUGACACAACAUCAGAAACUCUAGUGUGUAUGAUUGCUGGAUCAUUAUUCAGAGUGAUUAUGAUUAUUGUUGAGAUUGCAUUGUUGCAUUGGAAAGCUGACAGCAACUUAAAAAAUGGCGGAUAAGUGUCACAUGUGUCUGACGGGACUGAUCAUUCUCUGCUCACUUCUCACAGGUACCAGUGGAGCAGAAGUGACUCACAUAUUCCACACUUCUGGUGAAAAUGUCCAUCUGCCCUGUAACAAUGCUCUUUCUGACUGCACAUCAGUUACAUGGAACUAUGACAUAUGAUAUGCAUUUAGAGACAUUGAACUGUUUGUCUUGGGGAAAAAGAAGAAUAACAGGGAGAAAUACGACAGACUGAGUCUGGGCUCUGACUGCUCUCUGAACAUCAACAAAGUCACAAGAGUAGAUUAUGGAAUUUACAUCUGUCAACAGUAUGGACAACAACAAGGAUAUGAAAGACAUGUUUAUCUGCAUGUUCUUCAUGUCUCUCCAUUAACCUCACAGACUGAGAUCAGACCAGGCAGCUCUGUGACUCUCUCCUGUCAGUUGUACACGUAUGAUCGAUUCCCUUGUUAUUUUUUGGUCAGUACUGAGGGAAUUCAGCUGAUCUGGAUGAAUCAGGCUGGUAUGAAUCUGCAGACAGACUCCAGAUAUCAGAUAUCACUCUCCUCAACACACUGCAAUAGCACUCUGACUACAACACUCCUGAAUGAAGAUCACAACAGAGAGUGGACAUGUCAGGUUACUCAGAGAAAUGAAGUGAAGACCUCAGCCACAUAUACUGUCAAGUAUCCAACUCAAGUCGAGACAAAGACAAUGACUUCAGUCACCAGCCCAAACUCAAAGACAACCAUAACUGCAAAGACACCAGCAGCAGACCUCGCUGACACAACAUCAGAAACUCUAGUGUGUUUGACUGCUGGAUCAUUAUUCAGAGUGAUUAUGAUUAUUGUUGAGAUUGCAUUGUUCGCUGCUCCUACUGUGAUUCUUCUUCAGAUCAUCUGUGCAAGAAGAGCUGGGAAGAAGAACUCCCAACCCAGAAGAAAUUAAGAUGUCUACAAUUUUUGAAUAAAACACAAAUAGCAUGAAAGACCUCUGAAAUUCAUUUUUCAAUUAGUACAUUACUGUGGAAAUAAUAGUUUAAAAGCAAAAGAAGCAGGUUUUUGCAUUGUGUUAGAGCUUGUUUUUGUGUUCAGAUCAAGUCGGCAUUAAA